UCCAAUUGCAACUGCAAUUCCAAUUACAACUCCAAUUGCAACUCCAACUCCAACUCCAACUCCAACUCCAACUCCAACUCCAACUCCAACCGUGUACUUCACCGAUCAGCAAAAUUCAUCAAUUGGAGGCGAAUAGUCAAACCCACGCAAAACCCGAAUUUAUAUGCUAUUGCUGCCUUCCUUUAUCUUCCCUUAAAACCUCUCUCUCUACAAUCCAAUUCACCAGAAAUCAGGAUCAACAACGUUUUUUCUGGGCUUUGAUUGAUCCCUUGCACAAGGAAAAAAGUCACGCCGCUACAAAUUACAAUCGAUUUGCCAUGUCGAUGUCUGAUUCCGAUACAGCGUCGCUGGGGAGCGAGUACAAGAAUUUCCGCCAAAUCAGCCGCGACAGAUUGUUAUAUGAAAUGCUCCGAUCAACCAAAACAGGGGACUCCAAGUCGAGUUGGAAGGUACUCAUUAUGGACAAGCUUACAGUUAGAAUAAUGUCUUACGCAUGCAAGAUGGCAGAUAUCACAGAGGAAGGAGUUUCAUUGGUGGAAGAUAUACACAAACGAAGACAACCUUUGCCAUCCAUGGAUGGGAUAUAUUUUAUCCAACCAACCAAAGAAAACAUUGUUAGCUUCCUGUCUGAUAUGUCUGGAAGAACGCCAUUGUACAAAAAGUAUGUCAAAUGUUUUAUUCUUUCUUUCGCAGGUGUUCCUCUACAAUUUUAUGGAAUAGUUGGUCCCUUUGUCUUCUUCAGUUCAAACCUGUUUCCGAAAUUGUUUUGCCCAAAUAAAGAAUGGAUGGAAGUGUUUUACCUCGAUUGCCUUGACGCAAUGGGACGUCGGGAAGACACCGGUGUGCCGGAACUCUCCUCCUCCCCGUACAUCGUCCGGUUGAGGUCCACCGGAUAUGCGCCACUUUCGCUGCUUGUGUAA